AGCAUGCCAAAACCCCAACUUCCAUUGUUUGGCCUCGUAGCCACCAUUUCUUUAUUUCUAUGCCCGGAAACUUGCAUCGCUAUAACCAGAAACAAGGAUUGCGGCUCUUCUAUGUGCGGAAACGUUAACAUCAACUACCCUUUUCGAUUAAAAACCCAACCUCCCAAGUGUGGUGGUGACCCCAUUUUUGAACUUGAUUGUGAUGAAAAAUUAAACCUCACGAUUUUAGCAUUGGAAAAUGCGAAAUUCUAUGUUCAAGAUAUCGAUUAUGACUAUCAUACAAUCCAACUGGUCGAUGCGAGUCUGGGAACGAAUACAUGCUCUCUUCCUCUUAGUUCAUUAUAUUAUUCAACCAGAUUCUUCGAUUUAUGUCGGGCAUCGUAUUUUACAGUUCAAUUAUAUUUUCCUAGCGUUAUGUUUCUUGUAAAUUGCACAACACCAUCGAAAUCUAGCAUCUAUGUUGAUGCCUCUCGUUGCCCGAACAGCUCUUCCGAUCCAUCUUCUGCUUCUUACUUUUACUUUUUAGAUGAACAAACAGCGCCUCGCGAUUUCAAUCCUUCUUGCACAGUCAUAGCCACUGUUCCUAUCAGGGUUCAGAAUAUCACCGGUAUGUCUACUUUGGGUAUCUACGAAAACCUAUCAUUGGGGUUUGAAUUGUCAUGGAGGAUCGAAAGUUGCGCCAGCGGCAACUCGAAGUUUUGGACCUUUUUUCAUCGGAAGUACUUUGCGUACUACCUUUUCCAUCACGCCCCUAUCACCCUUGGAUAUAGAUUUUAUUCGCAUGCAUUUCCGAGAAAGUAUCCUAUUUGUCUUUGGACAAUAGGAGGAAUACUUUUAUCAAGAAUGUUACUGGGGAUGUCUAUCUUGAUUGCUCUUGUUACCCACAAAUUGCGAAGAAGACAUUUAUCUGUAGAUGAUACAAUUGAAGAGUUCCUUCAAAGUCAAAAUAAUUUGAUGCCUAUUAGAUAUUCUUACUAUGAAGUAAAAAGAAUGACGAGAGGUUUUAGAGAUAAAUUAGGUGCAGGUGGUUUUGGUUCGGUGUUUAAAGGAAAGCUUCGUAGUGGUCAUAGUGUCGCAAUAAAAUUAUUAGACAAGUCAAAAUCUAACGGGCAAGAUUUCAUUAAUGAAGUGGCUACAAUUGGGAGGAUUCAUCAUGUGAACGUGGCAAAACUUAUUGGAUUUUGUGUGGAAGGAUCGAAACAAGCUCUUGUAUAUGAUUUUAUGCCAAAUGGAUCUUUAGAUAGGAUCAUAUUUGCAGGAGAAAAUGACAAAGUCAAUUUAAGUUGGGAAAAAAUGUUUGACAUUGCACUUGGAGUGGCUCGGGGGAUUGAAUACCUACAUCAAGGAUGCGACAUGCAAAUUCUACAUUUUGAUAUCAAGCCACACAAUAUUCUUUUAGAUGAAAAUUUUACCCCAAAAGUUUCAGACUUUGGUUUGGCGAAAUUGUAUUCUGUAGAGAAAAGUAUUGUAUCUCUUACUGCAGCACGAGGUACAAUAGGAUACAUCGCUCCUGAAUUAGUUUACAAAAACCUUGGAGGUGUAUCACAUAAGGCUGAUGUUUAUAGUUUUGGAAUGUUAUUGAUGGAAAUGGUGGGAAGACGAAAGAAUUUGAAUGCAUUUGUUGAACAAUCCAGUCAAAUAUACUUUCCGUCAUGGAUUUACGAUCGAUUUGAUCGAGGAGAGGACAUUGAAUUGGAAAAUGUUACAGCUGAUGAAAAGAGAAUCGUGAGGAAGAUGGUAAUAAUAGCUUUUUGGUGUAUACAAGUGAAGCCCAACGAUCGUCCUUCAAUGAACAAAGCCUUGCAGAUGCUUGAAACUGAUGUUGAGCUCCUUCAAAUGCCUCCAAAACCUUUUCAACUUCCUUUUGAAAUAUCGGCUGAGGAUCAUGUUGAUGACAAUCCCAAUGAUGAGGAUCCAACUACAUCACUUGUUUCUUCGAAUGAAAUUAGCCUAGAAAUAGCGUAA